AUGUCAACUAUUACUCAAAACCCCAAAAGCAAGUCUUUCGAGACUAGACUCUUCGUCAAUGGCAAGUUUGUCGAAGCCUCUGAUGGGGGUAAAUUCCCUUUGAGUUCCCCUGCUACGGGCGAAAAGUUCACCGAAGUAUCUGAAGCAACCGAAGAUGACACAAAUGCAGCAGUUGCUGCUGCUAAGGCUGCAUUCCCAGCUUGGUCUGCUCUGUCACCAAAGGAGAGAGGCCUCUAUCUCAAGAAACUGGGAGUUCUUAUCACAGAGUCCCACGAUGAACUCGCAGAACUUGAAGCAUUGUCAAUGGGUCGCCCUGUUUCUGCUUACUUUGAAUCACGGGUAGCAGCCAAUGACUUGGAUCAUUACUCUGAGGCCGGUUAUCAAGUCCUUGGAACAUCGAGUGUGAAUAAUCCAGGAUUCGUGAAUAUGACCCUGAGACAGCCGUAUGGCGUUGUUGCGGGAAUUAUCCCAUGGAAUGUACCGCUUCUAUUCUUGAUCUCGAAAUCUGCCCCCGCUUUGAUGGCAGGUAACACUGUUGUUAUCAAAAGUAGCGAGAAGGCGCCAUUGACUUCUGCAAAGGUAGCUACAUUGAUUGAAAAGGUCGGCUUUCCACCCGGUGUCUUCAAUAUUAUCUCAGGCCAUGGCCACAUCUCUGGAAGCGUACUCUCUCACCAUAUGGAUGUCCGUGUCGCAGCUGCCAAGUCCAACCUGAAGAAUGUUUUCUUAGAACUAGGAGGAAAAUCGCCAGCCAUCAUCUUUCCGGACUGUAACCUCGAUAAAGCCGUUCAGCAAACCAAGUUCUCCAUCCAGUUCAACAGCGGACAAGCCUGCAUGGCCAACUCCAGAAUCUACGUCCAUGAAUCUAUCGCCGACACAUUCCUGGAAAAGUUCCAAAUGGCCUUUGUUGUUGAAAGCGGAGAUCCAUUGUUACCAGACACCAAUCACGGUCCACAAGCUGAUGAGAUUCAAUUCAAUCAAAUCCAAAGAUACAUCCAGGAAGGAAAGAAGGUGGCUAAAAUGAGUCUUGGAGGGGAGCCAUCGAAGCACAAAAAUGGAUACUUUGUUCAGCCGACUGUCUUUGUGAAUACGCCGGAGAAUGCUACGAUUAUGAAAGAAGAAAUUUUCGGCCCAGUCGUUAGCAUCAAUAUCUUCUCCACAGAGGAUGAAGUUGUUGCUAAGGCUAAUAAUACCGAAUAUGGUCUUUAUGCCGCGGUUUACACGAAGGAUAUCAGCUGUGCUAUGCGUAUGGCCAAGAAAUUGGAGGCAGGAAGUGUUGGUGUUAACUGUACAAGUCCAACCAAUUUCCCUGAUAUGCCGUUCGGUGGAUACAAGGCUAGUGGAAUCGGGCGUGAGGGAUGGAAUUCCAGUCUGGGAAACUUUCUGGAAACAAAGAGUGUCAUGGUUCAGUUGGAUGACGAAUAG